GUCGUUAUUCUUUAGUGAGAUCGAUUAUUGUUUACAAACGUUGCGUUUGUUAUUUUAGCAAUGCAUACACUUACAAUUAGCUCAGUUUGUGUCAACAAAAUUCUAAACGUCAAACACAUUUUGAUUUCACAACGGGUCAGUCGAUGAUUUAUAUUCCCGCCAGUUUCAAUCACCGUAACAUUCAAGACACAGUACAAACGAUUUAACAAGUUUCGGUGUACAACAAAAGAAAGAUGCCAUCAAAAUUGUGUGUUGAUGAUGUUGCGCGCAACAUCAUAUGGAAAAUAACAAAUCUUAGCAAUUUAAAACGAAGCGAGUCACCGGAGUUUGUUUUACGCGGAUUUCAUUGGAAAUUCGAAGUCAGAAAGGUAUUGUCCGUAGACAACGCGAAUGCGUUGAAAGUUUUUUUGUACAGAGUGAACAUGGAUAACGGUAUCGACGUGCCAUGCAUUGUAUACGCUGAAAUCAAAUUGAUUCCAUUCGAUAAUGAUGUGGAGCCACAUCAAAAGGUGAUCAUUCCAAAUGAAUGUGGUGGUGAAAAUCCAUCGUCACUUUCGUUGUCGUUGAUUUCGCUUAAUGACAUAAAUGAUCCGGCUAGAAAAUUCAUUCAAAAUGACACAAUCACGCUCGAAAUUUACAUAAAAGCCGAUGCACCACAAUUGGUUUUUCCCACUGACUUGACACGUCUACAAAUUUUGCGCAAAAGUCAAUUCAACAUCCAACUUAAUUUGAUCGUAAAAAACUUGGACAAAAGGGUGGCCGGAAUAAUGUCACCAAUGUUUUAUGUUGCCGACCAAUUUUGGAAAAUUUGUGCAUACCGAAACGGUGAUGCAUUGGGACUAUAUUUAAAGCCGAUGUGUUUUGAUAGUCAAAUGGAUUCGGGAUUUUACGAUGUAACAACCACCAUCAGUUUGCAUCCAUUCGAUGCUGUUCGCCACGAUUUUAUUGGACGUAUUGAUGAAAGGACAAAAUUGUUGCCGUUCAAUGAUUUCAUCAAAUGGACGGACCUGUUCGAUCCAAGUAACCAGUAUGUGAAGAAUGGGUCAUUUGCACUAGAUAUCGACAUUGAAUUGAUGAAAAUAGAAGAAACCGUUUCCCAGAUUGACCACACAGAGACGAAUGAAAAUGAUCUUGGCUGCCCGAUAUGCCUGGAAAGUUUUCGUGACUUACUUGCACUGGAAGUACAAGCCGUUUCAUUGAAAUGUGGACAUUGUUAUUGUGAUGACUGUAUGAAGCAAAGUGUUCGAGGCCGGAAGAAAUGCCCAAUUUGUAAUGCAAAGGUUGUAAACACACAAAUUCGAACCAUUUACUUUCCAUAUACAUCGCGAUAAGCUAGUUGCCGAUCCCGUUACAUUCAUUUGAACGAUGGCGACGAUGUUGACGUCAAGCCGAUCUAAUAUAAUAUGAUUAAUCUGAACCUGAACUUAUGAGACGAUAAUUUUAUAUCAUUUUUAUACCUUUUAAAAAAAAUAACAACAUUAAGUUCAAUAUAUAUAUAAUAGAAAAAAAUUCGUUGAAAAAACCAUAAAGAUGAUGAACAACUGAAAAUGUUCCAAUCUUACGAGAUAGCAAAACAAUUCUGAUUGUUUCAAAUACUUAAUUAGAAUUUUCUUAAUAUUAAGAAUCCAUACGUACUUUAUU